AUGAACAAUGCUCCAACUCAACUCUCGCACGUCGCCCGGGCGCAAACCCGGCCGAGUCUAUCUUCGGCGGACCAAUAUGGACGACUCCCCAAGGCCCAAGAUGAGUGCGUGACGUACGCAGGGAGGCGUGAAGCACGGGUGCCGGAGCUUGUGAAAGGCGAGGGCACCGAUGGGUUCGUCCAGCUGAUGUCGGAGGAGGGGGGCAUGGAAACUCUGGGCUAUCUGAAGCAUAUCGGUUUCCCCUCCUAA